UAAAUGUUUCCAAAUUUGUAUCCUUAUUAAAUAAUGAGACGAAGCAUCCCCAUUCAGAACGCUCAGAGCACUGCAGCCCUUGUUGAAGAACGUCCCUACAGACGUGGAUAUUACUGAGCUAGAUCUGAACCCUUUCAGUAACAUCCGGUCGACGCGGUAAGGGAGGAAUAAUGUUCGUUGCAUGAUAGUAAACUAAUAAUUUCAUUAUAGCUUGAAUUGUCACAUUAAUGGCAGAACCAAAUGUAUAUGAUAGUAUUUUCUCAAUUAUUGGUGACCGGGAUAAAGUUGACGUGCUCCAUUUGAUAGCCCAUAUUAAUCUCAAGCGGCUGCCUGGAUUUACACCCAGGAUAUCGGCGAUGUCGGCUGUGCGCUUGACGUCUGUGCCACCAGCCCAACUGUUAAGAGAAUGCUUUUUCAAAGUUAAGGGAAUGGUAUAGUUUUUCAGAGUAUGACUUACAUUUCAACACGGCAUCGUUGCAGAAAAUAUUUUUUCAAAGUACACAGCCCAAACUUCAAGGGGAGUACAGAAGAAUGUUGUGAGACCGGAUUUUUGGAAAAAUAGAUAACAUGCUUUUUAGUUGCCUGUGUGGCUUGAGAAUGCACUGUAUAGCAUUAAAGUAAGAAACCCAUACUUUGUAAUGUUACUGUUACAUCUGUCUAAUCCUUACGGGAUUGUUUCUUCAACACUAUACAAACUUUGGAUUCAAGUUUGUUUUAAGUUCUACUUAAAUUCUCAUGGGCCUGAAAACACGGGGAAGUGGGGGUAAUUUGCAUUUCCAGGUUUUUCGCGUGACCAUAUUUACACUAUGCGGUAACCAAUAUGCUAUAACACAAAAAAGGAAUCAUGUAAAUGUCGACAGGAAGGGCCAUCACAAUCCAGCACAUACUUUUGAGCCUGCUGACAAUGCGUAGUAGAAUACUCGGGCUAAAUAGUUCUGACGUGCAUCCUUGUUAGGCUAUGCGGUUAAAGCCCGCGUUACGAGUUAAUGGAAAUAAACGUACCCCACAAAUAAUAAACCUGCAUCCAGGUAGUCUUUCCUAGUGACAGUUCACUGUUGGGCUGCAAAGUCGCAACACUUCCCUUUAAGUCAGCGUAAUUGCACUACAGUACAUGUUUGUAAUGUGCCCGUAGCACAUUACAUUCCUGCAAUACCUGGGGAUGACGCAGACGACUUCGCAUAUAUAUUGUUCCGCAAAGCAUGGAUUGGCAAUGUUUCUCAACUGCUAAUCCGCACCUCCGAUUCGCUGGGUCGGAAAGAAGUUAAACAAACAUACACGUACAUUGUCGUUUGGGCUGCAGCUAAUAGUUUACAGGACACACCUGUUUUGUUGCCAGCACAGACACUUGAUGUGCGACCACUUGCCCUAGGAAGGAGUUGAACGAGUCGCCAGAUUCCUAAGCCAUCAUGUCCGCGAGGUCUCCGAUUGACCAUGGCCUGCGCGUCAAACUGGUGCUGAUCGGAGAGUCGAACGUGGGCAAGACCAGCCUGCUGAGACGCCUCGCGCGGAACCAGUUCAUUCCCAAUGAGGUCGCGACCGUAGGAGUCGCCUUUCAGAGCUACGUCGUGCACCUGGAGGAGGCGCCGGUGCGCCUGGAGAUCUGGGACACGGCCGGGCAGGAGCGUCACCGUAUGCUCACCCCCAUCUUCUUCCGCAACGCCGAGGCAGCCGUGCUGACAUACGACAUCAGCAGCCAGGAGUCCUUUAACAAGCUCCAGUUCUGGAUAAGCGAGCUGAAAGAGAAGUCGCAUCCAAACGUGGUGAUGGCUCUGGCUGGGAGCAAGUGUGACCUGGAGGUCUCACGACAGGUUCAGCACGAGGAGGGUGCGAGGUUUGCCAGGGAGCAUGGCAUGAUCUUCAUGGAGACGUCAGCCCAAGCGGCCAUGAACGUAGUGGAGCUGUUUCACGCCAUCGCAGAGAGGGUGAGCAAGAACCAUCAGCUGAACACACGGGGCGACUUGAAAAAGAAAAGGAGUAAGAGCAUCACCCUACAGCCUCCAAUACAGGCCGAGAGAAAAUGUUAUCAUUUGUAGAAUUGCACAUUCAUGAAAAUCCAAAGGAAACAUUUGGAAGAUUUUUUCACGUUAUAUAUCAAUAUCAGUCACGGUCAAUCCACUGCUAGAUGAAUAAUAAAUUACAUAAAGCACCCUUCUGCAAGGUAUUCAAAUCGCUGUAUAUCACGAAAAUAAAUACAUUGCUUCCCAAGGAAAGGAAAAACUAAGUAUAAAAGAUCACGAAUAAUUUUAUUGUUUUAUAUUUUUAUUAUUUUAUUGUUUCCCUUCUACGUGACUUUACUGAAAGAACCAAGAAUAUGAAUCCCUGCAGUCACGAAAGCUUUAAAUCAAAAUUCAAUCAAAACAUGUUGCUGACUUCACUCAAUGCCCUUUCCAAUUGACAAUUUGUCUUUAUCCUCUUAAAAUAUAAACCAGAGUUCAUACGUAAUAAUUGCGCGCUGGUUUCGGGAGGCUCUCAUCCAGCGGUAGAUUGACACCUACAAUUUCAUAACGACAAAUCUGUUGCUCUUAUGUCACACCAUCUAUUUUUAAAAUAUUUGAUUUUAUACCUACGUGACUUUAUCGAAAGAACCAAAGAGUAUGAAUCCCUGCAGUCACGAAAACUUCAAAUCGAGAUUUAAAAGAUCAUUUUGGAGAACCAAAAGAAGAUAAAUGAGUGUUGGGGCAGGUUUUAAACUCCGCACAUUGUCUCUGAAUCGCAAAUGACAUUGGGCAGGAUGCUCUUUCCACCGCUGGGUAGCAGUGCAUCAGAAGGCACAAUCACCCACUGAUAGGAGGAGCCACUUCAGAGGAAUGCACAGAGUACACUGUCCCAUCGAAGACCAAAGCCUUCAUGAUGGCACACAAAAAGGCCUCCCCAAACCGCCACAACCUCUUGUAAUCCUGCGAUGUAAUAACAUCGUGAACAGCAGUGGUUCCCAACAUUUUUUUCUGGAUCCCAGGGCCACUGGCAAUCCUCAAAGUGUGCGGACCGCCACACAGUAAAAAAUAUAUGGUUUUAUGAAAAAAAAUGUAUCUGCGACAUUUCGGCAGACCACUUGGUUAUCCACCAGAGAAUCAACGUCCAGUCGGCACUAUUGAGUGUGGAGCGAAACCAGCUACGGUGGAUGAGUCAUCUACUAAGGAUGCCGACAGAAAGACUCCCCCGGGAGACAUUCGAAGUACAGCAUCUAGGCAAAAGACCCAGAGGCCGCCCACAAUCGCGCUGGAAAGAUCGGGUGGUGUGCCUGGCCGAGGAAAGACUGGCGAUCCGGGAGCCACAGUUGAUGCCGCUGGCGUAGGACAGGGCAGGAUGGAAGGCCCCCGCGGCCAUGACGACCUUGUGGACAGAUAUGGCCUGCGGAUCACAAAUUGCGAAUCACUGCUUUAUCGCAAAAUUAAUUUGUAGGCAUGCUUAUAUUGUAACUGUCAGAAAUGUAUUUCAAUAAAUUUGUAGAUUAAACAACAUUUUUACAAGUGCCGAAUCAUGUUUGUAAGAAUUGGUAACGUACGGGUCAUGAAAAUAUUCAUACAAAUUAUGUGAUUAGGUGCAUUUGAGCUAAUGGGCUCAAAUUGACUCAAAAUCAACAUCUGCACCCGGAACACCACAUCCAGUACACCUCUUGCUAUGGUCACGUAUAUAGAGAUAAAUUAUGGCCAUGUUUUAUGCACACAGUAUAUUUAGAUGUAGUCAAAUGUCUCCCCCCCUUUUCUUAAGCAUGCCACUAAAACAUGUUUCCUUCAAAUGUUUUUUGGCCAUGAUUAGCACCAUCUGGUUUUUACCAUCAUAAUCAAAUAACCACUUGGGCUCUUACUCAAGAGAAUAUGCUGCGAAUAAUUGUGUUUGGACCAUAUUCAUGAUUCUAAGUGCGUCAGAUGCCAUGUGGUGGGUAAUUUGAGUCACGUAAUUAAGGGCUCGUAAUUCAUAAUAGUUAACAGUGGUUCAUGUACAUAGGUUGGUGUGUCAUUCCAUAAUUACGAGGGCCUGUGUUUAAAUGUAAUUGACGGCAUGAUUGCGAGUGUUUCAAAAAAAUGUCAGCUCUGGUGUGUAUAUAGCAUAUAGGAGUGUAAAUACGCACAUAAGGAAUGUACACCCAUAUUUUGUAUAUUGCAAACACGUAUAUAGAGGAUAUUGUACACACAUACAAAGAUAAUGCAGUGCAAUUGAGCAUUAUGGACUCAAAUCCAUAAGUACCAAGUUCAUUUCAUCGUCAAAGUUAAACAACAUUUUUUUUUAACUAUUCUGGUUGGGUUAAACCAAAUACGCUACUAAAUUAUAAACUAAUAACAUCAAAAAUUAAAUGGCUCUUCAUAUCUCCUACAUCUAUUUGCCGAAAUUCACCUCUUAAAUAUUUUUCCUUUAACGGCAUUGUCACUGACGAAUGUAUUGAAUUUUGCUUGUGGUUAUGCACCACUGCCAACGCAGUACAGCAGCACUCAGACUAAAAAGUGUAAACAAAAAUUAAGUCCAGCAUUAAGUUAUUGUGAUGGUUUUUUUCCCGAACCGAUUGGUCAAAACUUUGUACUGACUUCGAAUAGAACUGAAAUAAUCGUGAUUUAUUUUGGGACUUAUUAUCCAGUGGCCAAGAAAGCCACAUGAUCAAAUAGGGCUUCAACGGUAUUUCUGCCCGACACUACAUUAUUUAACUGGGAUUUGGCCAUAAAGGGUAAAGGUCAGAGGAAAGGAGUGGGUGACAAUCUCAAGCUCGAGCUAAAUAAGAACACCACUGUUGGCACUGCCCAAUAGCCAAUAUUAUAUUUAAUGACACGUUAAUGCCAUAAUCCAUGCAACCUUAUAGGUAAAGCUCACCGAUCUAUUACUCAUUAAUGUUUCAUAUACGUGCAUGCAAGAGAUACUGUAUUUGCUUAAGAGAUAUUUAAUGCAAACAUACGCCUGGUUGCUUAUCUAUGCUUGUCAAGCAUACAAUGUAAACAAAGUGUGAUUUAAAGAUAACAUACUAUUGUGUUUCGAUUUAAAGCUUUCGUGACUGCAAUGAUUCAUCUUCUUUGGUUCUUUCGGUAAAGUCACGUAGAAUGA